AUCCGUUUCUGGUUCCUUCCAUUUCCUUGCAGCUUUCUAGGUCGUAGCUCAGACGACGAAGAGGAUCACUCACACGCACAAACUCGAAAGUACACACACCAGAGAGAUGGCAGUGAUGGAGAAGCUCAGGAUGUUCGUCGCUCAGGAGCCUGUCGUCGCAGCUUCUUGCCUCAUCGCCGGCGUUGGACUCUUCCUUCCCGCUGUAGUAAGGCCAAUUCUAGAUUCCUUUGAAGCAUCUAAGCAAGUCCCUCAGCCUGCUUUAAGUGAUGUGGUUGCAGGUAUGACAGGUAAAAAAUAGCGGUGAUAUGAUUUAUCGGUACAGGCAACAAAAUUCGAACGAUUUCCCUGUCAUUUUUCCAUUGUCUUGAGCAUUGAAAUAAGCAUGACAAACUUGUAUGGAGACAGUGAUGCUGCAUGUUGAAUAUUAUCCUUUUUGUUACAAGCAUAUGAUUGGUUUCCUGUCGCGUUAACUUUAACUAGCCGAAGCUUAAUUUGAAGCCUAAUCAAUGCAGUUCUUGUUAGAUUGAAGCCUAAUUUGAAGCUUAAUGAAUGCAUGUUGGACACAAGUGUCUGCUGCUGUUUUAUU